AGAAUAAUCAUUAUAUUUAUUGAGAUUGAAAACGCGACCCAUCAUGUGUGUUUCCUGAGCACACAGCAGAAAAGAACAAACGCAGGUUCCCAAUUGAAACGGUUCUGAAGAAGUGAAGAACAAUCUAGGUUUUCCUUUCUCCGAUUCACUCCCAGAGCGAAGAAGCCGCCAUGGGAGGCGAGGAGAAGCGGCACCAGAUGAUGCAGAACCUCUUCGGAGACCAAUCCGAGGAGGAGGAAGAGCUCGACGUUGAUUCUGAGCACGAAUCAAACCCGCAACUCAAUUACCCCUCCGACGAGGGGGAGGGGGUGGGGGAGCAGGAGGGCGAGGUGGAGGGCCAGGGCGAGGUGGAGAUCGAGAGCGACGGAGACGGUGAGCCCGACCGUGAGAGCGAGGGCGAGAGGGAGCAGAGCUCGCAGGAGGUGGAGGUUGUGGAGAGGGAAGAGGAGAGCGAGGGAAGAGACUCGGAUAGUGAUGCCAAGGACGGCGGGUAUAGCCAGCAUGGCGUCACGAGCAAGCGGAGGGACGACGUCGUGGAGAGCGGAUCGGAGAGGUCCGAGGAAAAUCAGUACGCUCACCAUGAUGACGGGGAAGAAGUGGAUGAAGCCAGAAGCCCCAGUGGGUCACCCAGGGAUGAAAAAGAUGAGACUCGUGACUUGCAUGCGGCCCCUGAAAUUCGUGAUGUAUUUGGUGAUUUUGAUGAUGAUGAAGAGGAGGACAUCGGGUAUGCAGUUCAGCAGGACAUCAGACAAGAUUCGAAUAGAUAUGCUGUGGAGGAGGAAGGAAGUUACGGAAAGAACCUGAGACCUGAAGAUAUACUCGCUGAUGAAGAUAAUCAGUAUGAAUCAGAGGAUGAAAAUAUCGAGAUAAAAACUAAGGAGAAGCCACUUGGCCCCCCCUUAGAGUUAGAGGUUCCAUUACGACCACCUCCAGCUCUUCCAGAAAAGAUGAACAUGAUUAAAGUUUCCAAUAUUAUGGGUGUUGAUCCAAAACCCUUUGAUCCUAAAACAUAUGUGGAAGAGGAUACUUUUGUAACUGAUGAAUCUGGAACCAGAAAACGCAUACGUUUGGAGAACAAUAUUGUACGCUGGAGGACUACUAGAAAUCCUGAUGGCACAACAUCUUGUGAAAGCAACGCUCGCUUUGUGAGAUGGUCUGAUGGCAGCCUGCAGCUAUUAAUUGGGAAUGAAGUUCUUGACAUAUCAGUACAAGAUGCACAGCAUGAUCAAGCACAUCUUUUCCUUAGACAUGGAAAGGGAAUCCUCCAAUCACAAGGAAGGUUAUUAAGGAAAAUGAGGUUUAUGCCAUCUUCCUUGUCAUCAAAUUCUCAUCGGCUGCUGACUGCCCUUGUUGACUCAAGGCAUAAGAAGGCUUUUAAGGUUAAAAACUGCAUUACUGACAUUGAUCCUGAGCGGGAAAAAGAAGAAAAAGAGAAGGCUGAAAGUCAAAAUAUCCGUGCUAAUGUGCUUCUUAACCGAAAGCGUGAGAAGGUGAAUCGGAAGUAUACUCCAGCUGUGGAGAGGAGGCGUCAACUUUCUCCUGGGUUUUUAGAGGAUGCUUUGGAUGAGGAGGAUGAAGCAGACUAUUAUGAUAAUCAUCGUUCUCAGCGCCGCUUUGAGGAUGAUUUGGAAGUGGAAGCCCGAGCAGAGAAACGAAUUAUGAAUGCUAAAAAGUCACAGGGACCUAAAGAUAUCCCUCGUAAGUCUUCCUUCCCACCUGCUAAAUCCUCUCGGAACCCAAUGGGUUACCCAGAUGAUGAGAGAGAGGAGUCUGAGUAUGAAACUGAGGAGGAGGAAGAUGAGAGGCCUCCUUCACGUAAGAGGGAUGAGGAUACUGAGCCAGAGUAUGAGGAUGAGGAAGAAGAGGAAGAACACUAUGAAGAAGCCGAACAAGUUAAUGAUGCAUCAGAUGAUGGGGAAGAGGAGGAACCAAAGCAGAAGAGCAAGGAGUUUAGAGGCAGUGCCAAAAGGAAGGGAUUUGAAUCUGAUGAUGACUCUUCUCCAAGGAAAAUAACCACCCAUCGGCGGAUGGCGGUUGUGUAUGAUAGUGAUGAGGACUGAACUUCCUUAAGCCAGAUUUUCAUGGGAAAUCCUCCUUUUUAUUCAGAAUUGUAAGGAAGGAUGUGCGUAGGGUGCAGCAAAGGCUGAGAUGGCUCAUUCUUUUUUUUCCUCUCCUUAUAUUUCAUCCGUAUAUACAUGAAGCAGCGCCUGGCACACUAAUGUAGUGUUUAUUCUCAGGUCACAAUAUAUGUUUUUGACUGUCUUAUUAAUGGUCAUAAAAAACUAUCAGUGUAAAUAAGUUUGUUUUCUGUAUUUUCCGAUCAUAAAUUUUCGUCCAAGGGCAGGUAAUGGUUGACAAGUGGGGAACUUCUUCACGGUCCUUCCCUUUUUACUUUCUGAAAGAAUGAUGUCGUUACUUUGCAACUUUAUAUGAUAGUAACAUUUUAGAUUUCUUUAGCUAAGAAUAAUAAUUAAAAAAACCUACAAAUUUCAGGUUCUAA